GUGUCAAGUGUCGUGGCGGCGCACUCACGGCGAGAAUCGGGAGAAGGAGGAGACAGCAAGGAUAGGCCCAGAAAAACAACCAGGAAAAAAAAAAUCUCAUGGCAAAUAUCCACCAGGAAAACGAAGAAAUGGAGCAGCCCAUGCAGAAUGGAGAGGAAGACCGCCCUUUGGGAGGGGGAGAAGGCCACCAACCUGCAGGAAAUAAUAGACGGGGACAGGCUCGCCGACUUGCUCCAAAUUUCCGAUGGGCCAUACCCAAUAGGCAGGUCAAUGAUGGGAUGGGUGGAGAUGGAGAUGAUAUGGAAAUGUUCAUGGAGGAGAUGAGAGAAAUCAGGAGAAAACUUAGGGAGCUGCAGUUGAGGAAUUGUCUGCGUAUCCUGAUGGGGGAGCUCUCUAAUCACCAUGACCAUCAUGAUGAAUUUUGCCUUAUGCCUUGACUCCUGCCAUUUUCCAUGAGAUUAAUACUGUGAUUCAACACUGUUUUCUUUUUCCUUGCAUUUACCUGAUAUACCUUUACUGAUUCGUUUGCUGUGAACCUUAUGUAAUUUUCAUGUGUCAGGUGGGUUUGUGUUACCAGAUUCCAAUUGAAGAUUGCCUUGGCACCCAGUCUAAGUUUCUGUCAACAGUAGAGUCACCCAGUUGCAUGAAAAAGUGUAAAGUUAAUAAAGCAAUUAAAAAGCAA